UGGAGCACAGCCCCGCGUUCGACAUGUGGAGGGACUACCUGGGGCUGGCCGCCGUGCUGGCCGCGCUGCCACAAGAGCGCGAGGACGCCGGCGACGGCGAAGAGGCAUCGGCGUCGCCCAACGCGCCGGAGGCCGCAUCGGCGUCCCCCAGCAAAUCCCUCUGCGCCUUCUGCAAGCACAACGGGGAGGCGAAGCACGUCUACAGCGGGCACAACCUGCGCACGCGGGGGGGCCGGGUGCAGUGCCCCGUCCUGCGCAGCUACGUCUGCCCACAGUGCGGGGCCACGCAGGACCGGGCCCACACCAAACGCUUCUGCCCCCUCACCCGCCAUGGCUACACCUCGGUCUACAGCCGCUCGGCGCGCAACUCCGCUGGCAAGCGGGUCACAGGCGGCCGCAGUGCGGCGGGCAGUGCCAAGAAGUAGCUGAGCGCAGAUGGACCCUCACCCCAACAGGUACCGGCUUUUUUUUAAACGCAGGAGGAUUUCUGAUCUUGCGGCCCCCAAAAAUGGGCCGAAAGUGGGGGUUUCGCUUCCUGGCAUGAGGCAAGGAUGGGCCACGAGGAAACUCUGCUCUGGUGUUGCCACGCUCUUGCUCCAUGGGGCACCGGGCCGGUGGCUUUGCUGGAGGCUGCCAGGCAAAGUUGCUUCUUCAGCAAAGCCUCACUCCGAAGCGGCAAUGCGAGCCUUCCUUUAGCCGGAAAUGGGAUUCUGGCAAGCUCAUUAGGGGAAUUAUUGCUAAUUAAGGGAGGGGAGCUCCCAGCGGUCGGUGCCUGCCCUGGUGCACGCGGUGCUCUCCCCUCUCCUGGCUUCUCUUCCAGGGGAUUGCUCCACUUUGCCCGGCUCCGUCUGCUGCAUCGCCCCUGCGAAGCCCCUGGUUCCGCUCUCCUCCAAGGAUGAAAUGCCAGGACAGCGCACUCCACCAAGACCAGUCUCCCCAGUUCCUCUCCCCAGCUGGUAAAGCCAAGCAGUAUCAUCCCAGCAGGGGUUUGGUGGUCACUGCUGGCAGAAGCCGUAUCAAGAUGCCAGCGAAAAGCCUGAAAAGGGUUGGUUUUAACAGCACCUCUGUGCCGGGGGUGUUUGCGGUUGGGUUCAGUUCUGGGUUUUGGGUUGGUUUGUUGGUUUUUAUUAAUCCCAGCGGGUGCCUGAGGGCAGUGCCGGCUCCUGACCAACUGUCCGGGACAGUCCCGUGGCGGGAAGGGUGCCAGCGCUCCGGCUGUCGCCGAGCGCUUGCACGGCAGCUCCAGGGGGUCGGGCUGGUGUUAGCAGCUCGCCCGUGGCGGCUCCUGCCCUCGCUGGAGACGCCAGUUUGUUCUUUAAACGUUACUUCACGCGUUACGUGUAGGAAGGUGUUUUAUUUAUACCCUGUUCUCUGUUGAAAUGCUGGUUUACGUUAAUAAAGAGCUGAGCCGUGCCGGAGGCCGGAUCUGGCUCCGA